GACAUACUGAUUAUCUAUUCCAGGUGGAACAGCUAUUUUGAUGCUUUGGUUAAAGUGGAAAGCUUUUUGACGAAAAAUAGAGAUAACCUUGCUAUUGCCUUUGAUCACUUCAAACUGAAGAAACUUACUGUUUUGGAAGAGGAAUUUUUGAGGGAAUAUAUUAAGAUAAUGAAGCCACUAACUGAAGCCCUUGACGUCUUUCAAAAUGAGGAAAAAAUGUCAGCUGGGUGUGUCCUCCCCGUUCUCACGAUUUUGAAGGAAAAAAUUGCCGAAUUCAAAGAAGAUAGAAACAUCAUCCACUGCACACCGCUUGUGAACUGUCUUUCAGAUGGAAUAGAGAAAAGGUUUCAAUCGUUCUUCCUAAACAGCGAUCUCCGUCUCGCAUAUAUAAGUGAUCCCCGCUUUAAAUUAUCAUGGUUAACCAAGGAACAGAAACCUGAAUACGCUAAACUUCUCGAAAAAGAAGUAAAGAGAUGCGUCAGCAAUUUGGCAAAUGAAAGCAUCGAGGGUGAAGACACCGCCACAGCUAGUUUAAGUGAAACUGCUUCACAACCAAGGAAAAAUUCCCGGUUCUUGAACGGGUUGAAAUGGAAGGCCUCUGCGGAACUGGGCGAAGUGGAUCGCUACGUCAAUGACGGCUACGGUAUUCUUGAGGAUCUCAAUCGCUACCAAACAAUCAAGCAAAUAUUCAUACAGUACAAUAGCGCAUUGUCAUCUUCUGCUGCCUGUGAGCGCCUGUUUAGUGUUGCUGGCUUGUUUUUGUACCGAAGCGUACAAAUUUAUCUGAUGCAAAUUUUGAUAGACUCAAUCCGACUAUCCGUUCCCACCUAGCAAAAGUUCGCACAGUUCGUGAACAAACAGUGAACAAAAACUUUUUGUUCAUGGACAAUGUACAUGAACAUGGAGUACAUUUUCCUCCCUAUUGCCGCCCUCAG